AUGUCAGACACUACAUGGGCACUUGUUGGGGACAAGAGAAAGUGGCGACAGACUCUGCGUGAAGCAGCGGCCUUGCAACGAGCCACACUGCUACAGGCCUUCUUUGUUGCAUGGAAACAACUACGUGAACAUCCAGAUGAUCGAGCCCUUCCUGAACUCAUGGCGCCAUUUAAUGGCCUCCUCAUGGAACAAGAUCGCAUCAUUGCCAAAGCGUUAGCUGAAUUCCGCCUUCUUGGACGGCUUGUCACCAAACAUUCACGACAAGAUGACAUCCGAUUCUUCCAGACGGUUAUGGAGGAGGGUAGCCAUUAUUUGAGUCCACACCAAUCGAGAGACCUUUGGAAGGUCAUCAAGCGGGCUCUGCCGAAGUACCGCCAGCGACGAGUUGCUGUGGAUCCUUUGCGCAUGAUGGCAUUGGAAGAUGAGUGGAACCCUCACUUUGAAGCCCUUGAAGCUGGCUGUAUUGUUGAGACAGAACGACUUCUGGCUGAAGUUGCUUGUCCCCUUCAACAAGUUGAUGAGCAUAAUGCGCCCACAAUUGCAGACCUCCCAACACUUUUUGAGCUGGAGCACACCCUGCGGGCCAACCGUACUGGGCGCGCCACUGGGCAUGACCCAUUGUCAUCUGCCCUCUUUCACAACCAUGCAGCUGCGCUUGCGGAGCAUGCCUUCCCUCUGAUGAUGAAAAUGUGGAUUUGGGGGGAGGAACCUAUCCAAUACAAAGGAGGACCUAUGGCGCUGAUACCCAAGGUCCCUCAACCUGUCGAGGUGAAGCACUAUCGUGGGAUUCUUCUCCUCCCAACGUUAGCGAAGAGCUUCCACGCCUUGCUCAGGAAGAAAGUCAUCCAACUUCUGGAUCAUCGCAGACUGCCGGGACAACUUGGGGGAUUUGCAGGCCAAGAAGUCUUGUUUGGGUCCCAAGUAUUGAGAGUUCUAGGCAGAACGGCACUUGCAAAAGGCCUCAGCAUUGGAGUGCUAUUUGUGGACUUGAGCACAGCAUUUCAUUGUCUGAUAAGGGAAAUGGUUGUGGGCAUUGCUGACCACCACAAGCUCCAGUAUGUCUUCGAUGCAUUGCAAUGGACAGAGGACUCCUCCAGUCGCUUGCGAUUUGGUCAAGCCAUUCCGUGCCUGCUUGAGCAACUUGGAGCACCAGCUUACCUUGUUCGACUUUUGCAAAAUAUUCAUGAUUCAACAUGGACCACCAUCAAUGGCAAAGAGUUCAUCAGAACGCAUCGUGGUACCCGACCGGGUUCCCCAUUGGCAGAUGUGAUCUUCCAUUACAUCAUGUUCGACUUCUCCAUUGCUCUUCGUGACUUUCUGCAAGUGAACGGCUAUGUUGAGAAGUUUGAUCGUCAUCUUUCAAUGGACGUUGACAUGAUUAUUUGGAGCGAUGACCUUGCUGUGCCCAUCAUUGAAGAACAUGCUGCAGAUCUCAUCCCAUCUUUGCUCCAUUUAUUGGAUUUUGUGCGGACGCAGUUUGCUCAAAGAGGUUUCAAGAUCAACCUGAACAAAGGGAAGACAGGCAUUGUAGCGACGUUCUCUGGCAACGGUGCAGCCCCGGCAAGACGCCAAUUCCAGCUUAUCCCACAACCUGGAACUAGCUUUGAGUUCAGUGAUGGCACCGAGCAAUUUGUCCAUAUUACACCUGCUUACAGGCAUUUGGGCACAUUGUACACCUCUGACCAAAACCUGGACACAGAGAUCUCCCACAGGAUCGGCAUUGCCCGCUCUGCCUUUGAACAGCUUCGACGCCGUCUCAUGGCGAACGAGCACCUGCCAUUGAAGAUACGGCUGCAACUCUUUAGUUCAUUGAUUUUGUCCAAGCUGUACUUUGCAGCUGGUUCCUGGCAUACGCCUACGGGUCGCCAACUUGAACGCAUUAGGAAUGCGGUCGGCCGGAUGAUCAAGGCCAUUGUGGGACCAUCCCAGAGAACGAAGUCCAUGGCACGUACCCUGGCACAGAUGGGGAUCCUAGACCCACGCGUGCGCCUUGCGGUUGAGCGCUUAUUGUAUGCCCAGAGGCUUUUUCACCAUGGUCCUGCAUUCCUCCAACUCAUGACACAUGCGGAAGCAGCACAGCACUCCUUCUCUUGGAUGACUGGCUUGCAGCACGACCUCCGAUGGCUCUAUGGUGUUGAAGCGGUUGCUGACCCUGGACUCCUUGCGACAGACCUGACCGAGCUCAUUGAGAUUUGGCAACAAGAUGCUGGCAGAUGGAGAGCGAGAGUGCGAAGAGCGAGCCAACGUCACCUCUUUCAGGACCUCAUGAUCCAUGAGGUGCAGCAGUGGCAUGCUGAUAUUUUUCACUUGCUGCGCCACAAUGCUUUCACGUUUGACCCGGCCCCGGCGCUUUUGCAUCUUCAAGAACGCCUUUACCAAUGUCCUGACUGUGAGAGGAGCUUUACCACACCUCAAGGUGUUCACACGCACCGCCGGAAAAAGCACGGCGUGUUUUGCCAGGAAGACAACUUGCUGGAUUCCGCCACGUGCCCUGCUUGCCUCACUUACAUGUGGAGCACACAAAGACUCCAGCAGCAUCUAUCCUACAUGCCACGCAAUGGGACGCCCAAUCCGUGUUUUGCCUACUUGCAGCAGAUUGGCUACAUGGUCUCCUACUCGGCAGAGCACAUUCCGAAGGUCAUGCAUGGACAAUCGCGUUUGGAUGCUUUGCCGGCAUCUGGACCUUUUGGUUGUGGGCCAACGGCGAGUGAGCGCUACUUGGCAGGGCUGCGAACAGCAAAGCUUCGGCUUGAGGCCGAGAUCCACAACUACGUGCAGCCAGCAGAUUCUGAAGGAGCAGGCGAGCGCUUAGGAGACAUUUUGACCGCUGCUACGUAUCGAUGGUUUGCAGAUUUUCGCCUUGCAAACUUUGAUUUUGCGGCUGUGGAGCGCCCCCAAGACAGAUGGAUUGAUGUGCUUUGUAAACUACCAUCGGACUUUGAAUCCUGGGUUGCACGUGUCUUCAUCUUGUGGGGGAGACAUGUACUCCCAGACAUCAUUGACAGUUUGGUGGAUGGUGAGGCUGAGUUUUACUUGGAUGAGGAGUAUGCGGAGCUUGCAGCUGAGUUUGAUGAAUUUUGGCAUGAAGCACAUUUGAGGCGCAUUGAGCGCCAAAUUGCUGCAGCAGAGCAAGCACAACCAGCUCCGCUACCACACCGUCCUGUACGCCCUCCACAGAAAGAUGGAAAACCGAGGACAAUCCCGCAGCUGGAAGUCCCUCGCCUGUUCACAGAACAGGAAAAAUGGCAGGCUGACCUGAAGCGAGUCCAAUGGCAAGAUAUGCCCCAAGACCCUUUGACGCCCCUAUACAUGUGCAUUGCCGCCUCCCUUGGUAACAUGGAUCAAAGAAGUAGCAGCCAAUUGUGCUGCUAUUAG